CCUGAGAGAAUCGAUGGAUUUCAGCUUAAAAAAGCCUCUCGCAGCUAAGGGGGUGGAGAGGCAAUUUGGCUGAGGUGGGUUGUCCGUUGGGCCCAGCCUUGUGUCUGCCCUCCGUUUUGUACGGCAUCGCCACCACACCUCGGCUGGCCGGAGGAAGGAAAAAAAAGGGGCGCAAGAAAAGAAAGACAAGAAAGAAAAUCCCUUGUUUUCGAAACUACAAUUCCCAGACUGCCUCCGCGUCGUCGGCUUCCGGUCCUCACAUGACAUCUGCCUGGUCGCGCCAUGGCGGAAGCCGGGGAGAAGGAAACCAGGUCUAAUGAGGAAUCAACAGAUGAAUCUGAGCAUUUUGUCUCUAUCCUUCCUACAGAGGUGCAGCAUCUUGUAAAGGAAGAUGAGAGUGAAGAAGAACCUAAGCUCAAGUAUGAACGGCUUUCUAAUGGAGUGACUGAAAUUCUCCAGAAAGAUGCAGCCAGCUGCAUGACAGUGCAUGAAAAGUUUUUGGCACUGGGAACACAUUAUGGCAAAGUUUAUUUACUUGAUGUCCAGGGAAACAUCACACAGAAGUUUGAUGUUAGCCCAGUGAAGAUAAAUCAGAUCAGCCUGGAUGAAAGUGGAGAACACAUGGGUGUUUGCUCAGAAGAUGGGAAGGUACAACAAAUCUACUUUACUUGCCGAGGUAGCAGGUAGUACCGGUAUUACACU